AGUUGAGUGGAGAGAAGACGUUCCCAGACCAGUCAGUGGCUUCAUGGAGUUCUGUACAUCCGAUCCGCCGCCAUGGAUUGCAAUCCGCGAUCACUCUUUUUCAUUUUACACCUUUUAGUGUCCUGCGUUCUUCCCGCUUUCACCAUCAUCUACCCCCCUAAUGAAGUUAACCUGUUAGACUCCAAAGCAAGCCAAGGGGAGUUAGGAUGGAUUUCCUACCCGUCACAUGGGUGGAGGGAAAAUUGGGAGGAAAUCAGCGGGGUGGAUGAGCACUACACUCCAAUUAGGACCUUCCAGGUCUGCAACGUGAUGGAGUACAGCCAGAACAACUGGCUUCGCACGAACUGGAUCCCUCGGCAGUCGGCAAGGAAGAUCUACGUGGAGCUCAAGUUCACCCUGAGAGACUGCAACUCCAUCCCACUGGUCCUGGGCACCUGUAAAGAGACAUUCAACCUCCUUUACCUGGAGGGUGAUGAUGACCAAGGAAGCCAUUUCAGAGAGCAUCAGUUCCUCAAGAUUGACACUAUUGCUGCUGAUGAGAGUUUUACCCAAACAGACCUCGGAGAUCGCAUCCUCAAGCUCAAUACCGAGGUGCGCGAGGUGGGACCCUUGACCAAAAAGGGCUUCUACCUGGCAUUCCAGGACGUUGGCGCUUGUGUUGCUUUAGUUUCAGUUAGGGUUUAUUUCAAAAAGUGCCCGUAUACUGUGAAAAAUCUGGCCUCCUUCCCUGAUACAGUUCCCAUGGACUCCCAGUCCCUAGUGGAGGUCAAAGGUUCAUGUGUCAAUCAUUCUAAAGAGGAGGAACCGCCGCGUAUGUUCUGUAGCACCGAUGGAGAAUGGCUCGUACCGAUUGGGAAGUGUCUAUGCAACCCAGGAUACGAAGAGAGGAGCAGUACCUGCCAAACGUGCAGGGCAGGCUUCUACAAAUCGUCCCUCGGCAACAUGGAGUGUUCAAAGUGUCCGCCUCAUAGCUUCUCCCACCAUGAAGGGUCACUGCACUGUGGCUGUGAGAAAAACUACUUUCGAGCUGACGGGGACCCUGCCUCUAUGGCAUGCACUCGUCCUCCUUCUCCUCCGCGGAACGUGAUCUCCUCCAUCAAUGAGACUUCAGUUAUCCUGGACUGGAGCUGGCCAGAGGACGCCGGGGGACGCAGGGAUAUCACAUUUAAUGUCGUCUGCAAGCGCUGCCGGGGCGGUGCUGCUAAUGGCAGCAACAGCGGCACCCACUGUGAGCCUUGCCGAAGCAACGUUCACUUUCUGCCAAAAUCCACUGGCCUCCAAAACACCACGGUAACAGUGGGCGACCUACUGGCCCAUACGAACUACACGUUUGAGAUUGAAGCACAGAAUGGCGUGUCGUCGCUGGCACCCAAGAUGAGACAGUACGCCGCUGUCACCAUCACCACCAAUCAAGCAGCUCCCUCUCGAGUAACAGUGAUCCGAAAGGAGAAGACGUCCCGAAACAGUGUCUCCCUUUCCUGGCAGGAACCAGAACGACCCAAUGGUAUCAUCCUGGACUACGAGAUUAAAUACUAUGAAAAGGAAGAGCAGGAGACRAGCUACACCAUCCUCCGUGCUCGGGGAUGUAAUGUGACCCUGAAUGGUCUGAAGCCCAACACGGCCUACCUGCUGCAGAUCAGAGCUCGGACGGCUGCUGGAUAUGGAGCCAGCAGCCCCAGCUUUCAGUUUGAAACCAGCCCUGAUUCAGCCUUCUCRAUCUCCAGUGAGAGCAGCCAGGUUGUGUUAAUUGCUGUUUCCUCUGCCGUGGCCAUCAUCCUGCUCACUGUCCUGCUCUACAUCCUGAUUGGCAGGUUUUGUUGCCGCAGCAAAUCCAAACAUCCUGAUGAGAAAAGACUUCACUUUGGCAAUGGACACUGAGAAUUUGGAGAGGUGUGCAGUGGUCGCCUGAAGCUGCCCAGCAAGAAGGAGAUCUGUGUAGCCAUCAAAACUCUUAAAGGAGGGUACACAGACAAACAGAGGCGGGACUUCCUUGCCGAGGCGUCGAUCAUGGGGCAAUUUGAUCAUCCCAACAUCAUCAGGCUGGAGGGGGUAGUAACGCGCAGUAAGCCUGUCAUGAUCGUCACAGAGUACAUGGAGAAUGGGUCCCUUGAUAGUUUCUUAAGAAAACACGAYGCCCAGUUCACAGGAAUCCAGCUGGUUGGCAUGUUACGUGGCAUCGCCUCGGGCAUGAAGUACCUGUCAGACAUGGGYUACGUUCACCGAGACCUGGCAGCUCGGAACAUUCUGGUCAACAGCAAUCUGGUAUGCAAAGUCUCAGACUUUGGCUUGUCCCGGGUUUUGGAGGAUGACCCAGAGGCUGCUUACACCACAAGGGGAGGAAAGAUUCCCAUCCGGUGGACGGCCCCAGAGGCCAUAGCCUACAGGAAGUUUACAUCAGCCAGUGAUGCCUGGAGUUAUGGCAUUGUGCUCUGGGAGGUGAUGUCAUAUGGGGAACGGCCAUACUGGGAGAUGUCCAAUCAGGAUGUAAUCAAAGCUGUAGAUGAGGGUUACCGCCUACCUCCGCCUAUGGACUGCCCUGCCAUGCUCUACCAGCUGAUGUUGGACUGCUGGCAGAAAGAGCGAAAUAAUCGGCCAAAGUUCGAACAGAUCGUCAGCAUUCUUGAUAAACUCAUCCGCAACCCUGGCAGCCUCAAAAUCACAGCAAACACUACGUCCAGACCGGCCAACUUAUUGUUGAACAGGAGCAGUGCGGAGGUUCCAUCGAUGGGGACGAUGGGUGACUGGAUGGAUGCAAUGAGGACCUURCCUUGUAAAGAGGCCUUCUCUGGGGUCAGCUACAGCUCCUGUGACACCCUGGCCAAGACCUCUACAGAUAGAGUGGUUCUGACGGAGGUCCACAUCACUCCAGCCACAUGCCCAGAAUGGGAGCCAUCCAUGGGAAUCACCACCCUCUAACACCUAGUGCCUCUCCAUCCUACUCAGGCUGGAUGGGAUCUGAAAAAGGUUGGCGUGACUGUUGUAGGACCACAGAAGAAGAUAGUGAGCAGCUUGAAAGCCCUAGAUUCCCAUACCAAGAAUG